CGGGCUGGAGCGGCGCAGGGGAGUUUCAGGCACACAAAUAUUGGGGCUCUAUCCAGGUGGUCGUUAUUCUGCUUUCGACAGUCCGUCCAGGCCUACGGCUGAGCCGUCCACCUCUGCGGACGUUACUCCGCGACUGCCCCCAGGAUGGUCGUUGACGUCACACGGCCGCGAAGAGUUGGCCUCAAAGGACCAGCGCCGUCAGUCAUGGUACCGUCCCUCUCCCAAGACAGAACUUGGUCGAGGAAGGGGACUCAGUGGGAAUGCUGUUGUUUCUGGAGGGUCUCAGCGCAUUUUCGUGACCACGGAGCCUGCCGCGGCGUCUAGCGUUCUCACCCCGGGCACAUCUUCCGGCAGCCUUGACAUCUCAUACGCCCGCCAUGCUCCCGGGCGCCGUAACGGCAGGACCCCGAUGACGGGACUCACUCCAGCAACCACUCCGGAUUCAUCCUUUCCUUCCCACACCAUCAAGCAAUCCCACCGUUCUGUCGCACUUAUCGCUGCAACAGGCUUGGCCACGACACUCUUAUUCUGCAGCCUCGUUUACAUCCUGUUGUACCACCGGCAUAGCGAAGGAGAGGGGCGGGACAACUACUUGUGCUUCACGGAAGAAUGCAGGUUUCUGGCUACGGUGCUGGACAGCUGGUUGAACCGAAGCGUCGACCCGUGCGAAGAUUUUAACGGCCACGUUUGCUCGAAAUGGCUCUACAACUCGAGAAGUAGGCGGGAAAGCUGGGGAGUGGGAAUCAUGAGAUACGGCAUGCGGAAUUGGGAGAAAAACUUUGAGUUGCAUUUGACUCGAGCAGCUGUCCAUUUUCCCAUCGCCAAGCAAUUGCUGAACGUUUUCAACUUGUGCGUAGCCCCCAGCACACAGGCUGAAUCGCAAAAGGGCGUGGCGAAGCUGAAAGAGUUUAUGAGAGAGCUUCGAAUUCCGUGGCCGGAACCAUCAUCGGUCACUGUGGAUCCAUUGGAAGUCGUCUUUGACCUUUCCUUAAAUUGGCGCGUGGGACCGUGGUUCGAUGUGACUGUUUCGCAACCCACCAAUGGAAGCGCUGUUUUUGCCUUGAGACCCGCUGCCCUGUGCCGUGUGUGGGUCCUGAUCGAGGAAGAAGUCUUGGCUGCAGGGGCGCAGCGCGACAUUUGGGACGGCCUGUACCGGGAGUUCGCACCGGGCGCGACACCUCUAGCCAGGACUGAGAUCGAUGGCAUCACGAAGAUGCAUCGUGACAUAUACGAGGAAUUUAGACGCGCCGUUAGCGCGAUACAUACGGCACCGUCGCAGUGCUCCCUCCAGGAAAUCGAAUCGCACGUCGCGAACGUCACUCCCUCUCGAUGGAUCCAUGCGCUGAGCGUCACGAGCCGCCGUGCAGUUCUGGCAUCCGACUACGUCGCCUUCGCCGACCGGACACUUCUAGAAGCUGUCAGCAACGUUUUCUUCCACUACAGCAACGGCGUAAUACUGCGACACUUGUCGUGGGCAUUUAUCCAGGUAUUUUCGUCGCUAGCCGAUCGACGCUUCUUGGUGCACACGUUAGGCAGUCAGACGAAAGCCCAAGAGCAGCGGCUAACCUUCUGUGUAACAGAAAUGGACGCCGCCUACCGCUGGCUCAUCGUGGCUUUACGAGUGCUCGUUGACUUCCCUCCCCAGAAAAGAACCGUUAUUGAUGACUCGCUGAACGAUGUAACGCAAACAGUUCUCAAUAAACUGGCAAACUUGUCAUGGGCCGAGGCCGACUUUCGAGAGGCUCUAAUGAGUAAAGUUCAAAGGACCUCAGUUACCCUUUGGCCGAGCUCCACUCUCUUGACCGAGAACGGGCUGUCUAAGUUCUUCGGAGGCUGGUUCUCCGACGGGAGCUCGUUCACGGAAGACUGGAUUACCGCAGCCAAGCAAUGGCGUCAGCUGAUUAGCAGCUCAGCGCAGGCAGGAAUCGCGGAGCACCCCCGGAACUUCCUGAUGCCGUUUAUUCGCUACGACCACUUCCUCAACACCGUUCGCGUGGCACUAGCGGCACUUUCCCCGCCGUGGUACUACGCUCUCGGCACUAAGGCCAUGACGUAUGGAGGCAUUGGCUUCUACUACGCGCUGCAACUGGUUCGAAGCUUCGAUUCUGUCGGCCUGCAGGUGGACCCUGAAGGGAGCGUGUCAACAUCGUGGCUUCCCACCGGAUUCAAGAGGGCGAUCGCAAAGAAGGCGGCGUGCUUGGGACCCACGAGCGGUUUGGACCACUAUUUCCCCGAGAUCGCGGCCAUGGAAGCGGCGCACGCGGCGUUCGAUGCCUCACUCGACGAGACCGACCGCUUUCUUAAGGUAGCCCCUUCGCACAGCGAGGACCAGCUGUUCUUCAUCGUCGCGUGUCUCGCCGUUUGCGGGCUGCACGAUGCGCUACCAUCUCUGCGCGUCAGCUGCAACAAGGCAGUCGCUGGCUUCGCGCCUUUUGCCAAGGCGUUCCGGUGCCGAGGCCACGCUGCGAUGAACCCGCCAAAGAAGUGCCCUUUCUUUGAGUGAUCUUGUGCGGAUUAUUGUUUCCUGCACUCUUUCCUUUCUUGAUUUGUUCUUUCUGGUCAUGGUUUGCUUAGCUGUGUUUAUGUGAGCCUCACGUCUAUGUGUAUAGUGAUUGAUUGCUUUUGAAUCAUGCUGGCAGAUUUAAAUUUCACGAGAACCUUUUUAUCGUCAGAUUCAGCUGUCUUUUUUGCAACGAAGGAAAGUGUGUGAUCCAAGCGUCAGCAUUAUAUUGAUGACAAUGGGCGUGGUUGUGACGAUGGAAAUCGACGAGCUCAGCGUGGGCGAAAGUGACUGAGGCACCAAAUUUGAACUUGUGGUGAUCAGAGCACACUUAGAAGCGCUGCUCUCUAUUAACUGAUUUAGCUUCAAGGCCCACCUGCACUAGUAUUGUUAGGCGUAGCAAGUUUUCUGGCUUCCAGCAAACUCCAUUUUCGAGCUAUGACAGCCAUCUAGCGGACAGAGAUCGGUGGAAGGGACAAAU